UGAGAAACUCAAUUUCCAACAUAAAAUAAAACACGUUCAAUGUUUCUUCUUCCCCAAUUCCACAGAACAAAAAAAAUUAGGGUUCUUCUCUUUUUUCCCCUACGAUCUCCCAAGAGAACGGGCAGAUGACAGCGCCGGCGGUGCUUGUGACGGCGAAGAGAGGCAGCGGCGGCGGCUGCUUGCGACGGCGAAGAGGGGCAGCGGCGGCGGCUACUUGCGACGACGAAGAGGGGCAGCGGCGGCGGCUAAGAGAGGUAGCGGCGAUUCUGAUCGUUUCUGAUCGGUUUCUGAUCGGUUUCUGAUCGGUUGGUUUCUGAUUGGACUUUGAUCGGAUUCUGAUUCCGAUUUCACACUGUCAGAGCUUGAGGAGUGGAGACUUGAUUGGAGCGGGUAAGUGUCGUGGCAGCUUGUAUCGAAGGAAAGUAAUCUAAUAAUUGCAAAUUCCAGUUUGUAAGUUAUAUAUAAUAGUAACAAGUUUUUUUUUGCUGUUGUAUAUUGUUUUGUUGUUGUGAAAUCUUUUGUAAAUGGUUAAAAUUAAGUGACCUAUAUGAAAUAGAUAAGAACUUUGUUCUUAUUUAGUAAUUAUUCUUUUCGAAUUAAGCAUCAAGUAAACAUGUAUAAGGCUAAAUAAUACUCCGUAACCAAUUUCAUAACUGCUACAGUUGUCUGUUUGUCAAAUAUGUAAAAGACACAUGCAUUUAGUCCUCAUAGUGAUAUCAUCAAAAGAAAAAUGUGUUACAAUUUCAAAAUUCAAAAGGUCUUCGUUGUUUUAGAAGUCAUGUCAAAAUAGAAAAAAAAAAUGUGGGUAAGCCUCCAGUCAUUUUAAAAUGUUAAUAUUGUAAUGACAUAUAUUAUUAACAAAGGGAUUGGAAAAUAACUUGCAUCUAGCGUUCACAUGCUUAUUGACUUAUCAGAAAUCCUAUGGAAAUUUCGUCUGUAGAAGAAGUUAAAUAUGUAAUUAAAUACUCAUUAAGAGGUUAAUGUGUAAUUUAAUUUUCUAUAAGUAACAUUUAUUUUGGGUUAGUAGCUAAGCAAGUCUUGAGUUUUACAGACUUCAAUACUAGACCUUAUUCCUCAGCUCUUUAAGCAAGUCUUGAGUUUUACAGACUUCAAUACUAGACCUUAUUCCUCAGCUCUUUGUUUCUUUCGUUCAUAUAUUUUUACUUACUUUUUUCUGGUAAACUUUUAUCUUAGUUCCUUCAUGUCCGGCUCCGUUGUAGCAGUCUUACUCUUUUCUUGUUAUAAUCUUUUGUAUGCCCCUUCACUUGCAACUGCUACACCAACAAGUGUAGCAGCAUCUGCUCUUUUGAAAUGGAAAGCCAGCCUUGAUAAACAAAGCCAAUCAGUUCUUUCAUCAUGGGUUGGAAGCAACCCAUGCCAUAACAACUGGACCGGAAUCGGUUGCAGUAACGCUACUACAGCUGCAGAAAGUGUUGUAACAAGCAUCAUAAUUCAAAAUGUAAACUUAACAGGUACACUUGAUGAUCUUGAUACAUGGUCACUACGAAAUAUUGAAACUUUUAAUCUUUCAUAUAACUCGCUCUAUGGCCACAUUCCUUCCAGUAUUGGGAACAUGUCUAAUCUCAGAAAUUUAUACCUGGACAAUAAUAACUUCUCAGGGUUGAUACCAUCGGAGAUAGGAAAUCUAGGAUCUUUAAGAGAGCUUACUUUGACCAGUAACAGUCUUACCGGUCAUAUCCCAUAUAGCAUAGGUAACCUCACGAAUUUAACUCGACUUCAUUUGUUUAGUAACCGUCUUAUUGGUCAUAUCCCAAAUAGCAUAGGUAACCUCAAGAAGCUAAUUUUCAUUGCCAUACAUGACAAUGACUUUGAGGGGCCAAUCCCUCCAGAAAUUGGGACACUGAGUUUCCUAAAAAGCAUUGACGUUUCUCAGAAUCAUCUUACUGGAGUCAUUCCUUCUUCAAUAGGAAAUUUAACCUCUCUCUUAUACCUUUAUCUGUAUAGUAAUGAACUUUCUGGGUCCAUUCCAUCUGAACUUGCUGCUGCUCGGGAUCUCAUAGAUCUUGAAAUUGACAAGAACCAUAUCACAGGUACCAUUCCAGUUACCCUCCAAAACUUCAGUAGGCUAGGAAGGAUGUACCUUAGUCAUAACAACAUAUCUGGGUCGAUUCCAAAUUAUUUUGCCAAUUACACUCAGCUUGCAGAGUUGCUCUUAGAUGAUAACAAAUUCAGUGGCUUCAUACCACCUGAGUUAGGAAAGAGAACAGCUCUUGUUGCAAUGAACUUGUUCAUGAAUAAUCUUGUAGGUUCCAUUCCUCAAGAUAUGAAUCUAACAAACAUGAUAAAAUUCUCCGUGUCUAACAACAAGCUCUCUGGUCCUUUACCAGACAAUAUAUGUGUCUCAGGCUUUCUUAAUCAUUUCACUGUGAGCAACAAUCUCUUCUCCGGCCAUGUACCAAAGAGCUUAAAAAACUGUAGUAGCUUAGUCAGAGUCCGGCUUGAAAAUAACCAAUUGACCGGAAACAUCUCUGAAGAUUUUGGGAUAUACCCGGAGUUGGUUUAUAUGGACUUGAGUUCCAAUAAGUUCUAUGGCGAGGUGUCUAGCAACUGGGGGUCCUGUACUAAUUUAACUAGCUUAAAGAUAUCCAACAACAAUUUGUCUGGAAUAAUAUCUUCAGAGGUAGGAGACGCAACAAAAUUAGUGGUGCUUAGUCUCUCAUCAAAUCACAUAGUUGGUGAAAUUCCAACAACCUUUAAAAACUUAAGCUCACUGAUGAAGUUGAACUUAGACGACAAUAAGCUGUCAGGUACAAUUCCUUCAAAUUUGGGAGAUCUGCACAACUUGGAAGAACUUAACUUAGCACAAAAUUCUCUCACCGGCCCAAUCAAUGAAAAUUUAGGAGACUGCUUAAAGUUAAGGAGCUUGAACUUAAGCAAUAAUAUAUUUGAAGGAAUUAUUCCUAUUGGUAUUUCCAAGUUGGAAAAGUUAGAAUCUCUUGACCUCUCUCACAAUAAUUUGACUGGAGGUAUACCACCACAGCUUGGGGGUUUGACAGUUGUACAAUUGUUGAACCUCUCUCACAAUAACCUCACAGGCUCUAUUCCUUUAAGUUUCACUGCAAUGUUAGGUUUAACCACAGUCGAUGUAUCUUUCAAUCAGUUAGAGGGCCCACUUCCAAAGAUGCGAGCAUUUGAUGAUGCUCCAAUGGAGGCACUUGGACAUAACAAAGGGUUGUGUGGAAAUAACACAGGAUUAGCCUGUCCCAUCCAGCGUGGAAACCAAAGUGAUCAAAAGAAGGCUUCGGUUGUGAUUCUGGUUGUGAUUCUGAUCAUACUUCCUACAUUGGGAUUUAUGUUGCUUGUGGUUUUUAUUGUUUUCACAUAUUGCUACCUCCAUAAACGAAACCUAAAUGCAACCAUUAGGCCACAGGAAACUAAAGCAAGACCUUUUACCAUUUGGAGCUAUGAUGGGAAAAUGGUGUAUGAGAAAAUGAUUGAAGCCUUGGAGGACUUUGACUCGAAGCAUGUUGUUGGAAUUGGUGGAUACGGAACUGUUUACAAAGCAGAAUUGUCAUCUGAAGUUUUUGCGGUGAAAAAAAUUCACGCACCAGAAGAUGGUGAGGUGCAAAAUCUCAAGAGUUUUGAAAAUGAAAUCCGAGCUUUGACGGAAAUACGUCACCAGAACAUAGUCAAACUCUACGGAUUCUGUUCACAUUCACGUCACUCAUUUUUGGUGUAUGAGUUCUUGUCCGGAGGGAGCUUAAGGGACGUACUGAAUCACAUGGAACAAGCUGUUGAAUUUGACUGGAAGAAAAGGGUGAAUACUGUUAAAAGUAUUGCAAAGGCCUUAUCAUAUAUGCACCAUGAUUGUUCACAACCAAUCAUCCAUAGGGACUUAUCAAGCAACAAUAUUUUAUUCGAUUCCGAUUGGGUUGCUCAUGUGUCUGAUUUCGGCACUGCCAGGCUAUUAAAACCAGACUCGUCAAACUGGACUUCUUUUGCCGGGACGCUUGGUUACAUUGCUCCAGAACUUGCAUACACGAUGGAAGUGAAUGAGAAGUGUGAUGUUUACAGCUUUGGGGUACUAACACUAGAAGUUAUAAUAGGUCAGCAUCCCGGAGAUCUCCUCACAAUGUUACAAGACACAAAAGGCAUAUCUCAUACUGAUCUUCUGGACCAACGCCUUCCUCCGCCUGUGCAACAAGUUGCUCAGCAAGUGGAACAACUUGUUGAGGUUGCAAUCUCAUGCGUGCAGAAGAACCCUCAGUAUAGGCCAUCGAUGAAGGAUAUUACUCUGGACCUCUCAGUAGAGACGCGUGCAGCCAAAAGGAACAAGAUCUCUACCUGAACCUUGGAGAGGAAUCUUUGCUUCAAAUCUUUAUUACUACCUACUUAAUGUUAUAUAAUAUGUUUAUUUUCACAUUAUAAAUUACCUUACAUAAUUUGUUGUUGUUCUAUAUUUUUUAUUCAUAUGACAAGAUAUAUAAUAAAGUUCAAGAACAGUAAGUA